UUCUCUGUCCUGGCUCUGGUCAGAGCAAAAGUCUCUGUCCGAGCUCUGACCUAUAAACCCCCCCUCCCGGGUAGGUAGGUAUGGUGUAUUGCCUCUCCACUGAGGUAUGCCAGGUAUCUUCAGCGAGGGGUACUUUGGGUGCACGGCUUGGUAGGUCAACAAAGCCGCAUAGGUACCCUAGGUAGGUAUCCCGUCAUUCAAUACCUUAGGCAACCGUGACAGGCAUGGCCUCGUCCCCGGACACUGCGCCUCAGAUCAGCCCAGGCGAUCACAGAGCAUACAUGCAGUAUGCGCUCAGCCUGGCGAAGCAAUCACCACCCAAGCCGUCCAACUACAGGGUCGGGGCCAUACUGGUGGACCGGUCCACCAACGUGGUCCUGUCAACGGGCUACACGCUGGAGCUCGAAGGCAACACGCACGCGGAGCAAUGCUGUUUCGCGAAGCUGGCGGAGCGGCACGGCGUGGCGGAGGAGCAACUGGCCGACGCCAUGGCGAACGCCAGCCCCCGCUCCCUCGUGCUGUACACGACCAUGGAACCCUGUUCCCAGCGAAUGAGCGGCAACCUACCAUGCACGCAACGGAUCCUCCGCCUGCGGCCUCUCGUGAGCAGCGUGUAUGUUGGGGUGAAGGAGCCGGAGAAAUUCGUGAGCGAGAACACGGGACGCAAGGCCUUGGGGGACGCCGGGAUCGAGUUUGUUCAUGUGGAAGGGUUGGAGCGUGAGAUAUUGGAGGUUGCGACGGCUGGACAUGUGAAAUAGAGUGACAGUCCGUAUCCACACUCCGUGCGUUGGGGAAUAGAGAGCAUCACCACUCUGGAUAGGGCUUUGCAGAGGCUAAGCGAGCGUUUGCUGCUGCUCCCCCUUUGCCAUCCCAUGAUGGGGCCGGAACCGGGGACUGCAAGCAACGCAAGGAGCCAAACAAUACAGGUCGAUAAGAAGAAACAUAAAAGGAAACAAGUUGUCGCAAACACCGGUUUACACGUAGAUCCAUUCCUGCAAACAGA